GUAAUGCAUGAUUAUGCUAUGCUAAGGAUUGACAUGUGCAUACAAAUUAUGAAAUUAAGCAAGCAGUAGGCUUCAUGAUCUUCAACCCUCUCAUGUCCCCAUCUUGGAGAAACUCCGAGAUUCAAUACUCAGUACUAUGGCAAGCUUCGAGAACAAAGUGAUCGCAAUAACUGGCGGAGCAUCCGGAAUAGGACUUGAAACCGCGAAAUUGCUAUCGUCAAGACGAGCUAAAAUGUCCAUCGCAGACGUCCAGGACGAACUCCUCCAUGAAGCUGCCACUGCCAUCCGAGCUACCGGAGGCGAAGUGUUCACCUAUAAACUGGACGUGCGAAACCAUGCACAGGUGGAUGCGUGGAUACAAUCUACUGUGAAACAUUUUGGACAACUAGACGGUGCCGCCAACCUGGCUGGCGUUACUGGGAAGAGCAUCGGUGUUAACACAGCAGAUGAACUCGAAGACAAUGACUGGGAUUUUGUGAUUGGUGUUAAUCUGACAGGGCUUAUGUACUGCCAAAGAGCUGAAUUACGUGCAAUGAGAGAAAGCAAGGGCGGCGCUAUUGUCAAUGCCGCAUCGGUUGCUGGAAUACAAGGGCGACCGAAGAAUGCAGCAUACAGUGCAAGUAAACAUGGAGUUAUCGGUCUCACACGCUCGGCAGCGAAAGACAUGGGACCCAGGGGUAUUCGUGUCAACGCAAUUGCACCUGGCACGAUUGAUACACCCAUGGUAGCCUCUGCGAAACUGAUUGCAGGUACAGGAAACCCUGCGGUGAGACUUGAUAAUAGCGAAUCUGCACUCAAGCGAAUGGGGCAACCUUCAGAGGUGGCUAAUCUGAUAGCUUUCUUGCUGAGCGACGAGUCUUCUUUCAUUACGGGCAGUGUCAUGACUGUGGACGGUGGUUGGACGUGUUAGCUUGG